AUGCCGACGGACGCCGAGAGGCAACGCAUGGCGCGGCUCGGGCAUCUCAUCGACGAUUUCGAGCGCAAGAUUGAGCUGGAGAGGAAGAGAAUCGAGGACUUGGAGGCGGAGAUGUCGAAAACGCAGAGUCGCGCGAAGCAGGACCGCGGCAGGAUGCCGGGCACCUCGGCGGUGACGGACCUGAACCUGACGCUGACCAGGCGGGUCAAGCAGAUGGAGGACCGCCUCGAGAAGUGCACGGUCGACUUCAACAAGGCCGUCGCGGUCAACAAGAAGCUCCGCGAGGAAAUCAACGCCCUGCGCAAGGACCGCCGCCGCUACCGGGAGAUCUACCUGCGGCUGGAGCGCGACUUGCAGGAGCGCAAGGGCAAGGUGGACUCGAGCAAGGACUCCGCGGACCUGUCCCGCGAGAGCCGCGACAACGCGCAGUCGCUGGCGGCGCGGCUGCGGUCGGACCAGGACGAGCGGCGGCGCGCGUUUGAGAGCGAGAUGAACCGGAUGAACACGCGCAUCGAGUACGUCAAGUCGGUGCUGGAGAUGGAGCGGCAGAAGCAGCUCGCGGUGACCGAGGCGGUGAAGAAGGAGGCGCACCUCGCGUCCUCGUGGAACAAGCUGGGCGGCGCCACCGCCAAGGCCAUGACCUCCAAGGCGCUGCUGUACGAGCGCGCGUUCGAGGCGAUGCGCGAGGCGCUGGGCAUCGAGACGGCGGAGGACAUCGUCGGGCAGUUCGUGGCGCGCGAGGAGCGGAACAUGCGGCUGUUCUUGGAGCACCAGGUGCUGCAGGAGGAGAUCGAGCGCCUGCGGGACCACACGGAGGCAGUCGAGCGGCAGCGCAACCAGCUGCGCGGGGAGCAGCGGCAGGUGGCCGAGGAGCGCCGCAACAUGGUCCGCGCGGUCACGGAGCGCGUGGACAAGCUGGCGGGCAAGUCGGUCAAGAUGGUGGAGCUGGCGGGGUCGCACACGGCGCGGAUGGACGCGCUGAAGGAGCGACUGCAGGCGGCGUACAAGGCGCUGGACUGCAGGCUGCCGCUCGGGGGGCCCGAGGACGAGGAGCGCGUGCGGUCGGAGGGGGGGGUGUUGGAGUCAGACAUCCUGCCGAUGCUGUCCGCGAUCGAGGCGAAGGCGGACGAGGUGCUCGCGGUGUUCAUGCAGGUGAAGAAGCGCGCGGGGCUGCUGCGGCGGCGCGACGGCCCCGACGCGGCGCCCGCGGUGGGCGGCGCCAUCACCGUGCACGACUUCCGCCCGCCGCGCCCGAGCGGCGACGCGGGCGACGACGACGACAUGCCGGGGACGUACGCGCCGUCGUCGCUCGCGGACACCAACGCGUUUUCGUCGCUCAUGGGCGACCUCGACGACGGCCGCGGCCCGCUGAGCUCCGAGGUGAGCGGGAACGAGGUGCCGAUGCUGGAGGGCGACAUCGAGCGCAUGCGGCUCAAGUCGCGCGAGGCCGCGAACGCGCGCACGUCGCUGCCGUUCGGCGACGAGGAGCCCGGGAGCACGGGGAAGUCGAAGCGCAACCUGUUGGGGCGCGUGGGCAGCAACGUGAGCGUGAGGAGCGGCGGGGGCGGCGGGCUGUCGCGGCAGACGAGCCGGAUGCCGAGCAGGAUGGCGAGCAGGGCGGUGAGCCGCGCGGGGAGCGUGAAGGGGAGCAGGGACGUGUCGCGGUCCGCGUCGCGCGCCGUGCUCGACCCGAACAAGCAGGGGGUCAACUUCUCGAGCGAAGUGGCGGCGAAGCUGACGCGCCACCAGUCGCGCAAGGUCUCGUGA